GAUGGGAACAAACUUCAGAACGAGGAGAGACGCAGGGCCCAGGGCACCCUCACGGGCUGACCCGGGCAGUGAGGGCCUGCGGCGGCCGGCUGGCCAGGGCAGUGGCGUGGCGGCGGGCGCGGCGGGGACCUGCGUGAGGAAGCCCUGAGCCCUCGGCGGGCUGCGAGUGACUCCCCGGCGAUGCCUCACAACUCCAUCAGAUCCGCUCACCAGCCCCUGGUCUCUCCAGGUGUCCAGACUGGCUUCAGGACAGGGCCGCGCCUCACAUCCAGCCACGGAGGGCUGAACCAGCUGGGAGGGGCCUUUGUGAACGGCCGACCCCUGCCGGAAGUGGUGCGUCAACGCAUCGUGGACCUGGCCCACCAGGGCGUGCGGCCCUGUGACAUCUCCCGCCAGCUCCGAGUCAGCCAUGGCUGUGUCAGCAAGAUCCUCGGCAGUAGGUACUACGAGACUGGCAGCAUCCGGCCUGGAGUGAUAGGGGGCUCCAAGCCCAAGGUGGCCACCCCCAAGGUGGUGGAGAAGAUUGGAGACUACAAGCGGCAGAACCCCACCAUGUUUGCCUGGGAGAUCCGAGACCGGCUCCUGGCGGAGGGUGUCUGUGACAAUGACACUGUGCCCAGUGUCAGCUCCAUCAAUAGAAUCAUCCGGACCAAAGUGCAGCAACCGUUCAACCUCCCCAUGGACAGCUGCGUGGCCACCAAGUCCCUGAGCCCAGGACAUACGCUCAUCCCCAGCUCGGCUGUAACCCCUCCAGAGUCACCCCAGUCAGACUCUCUGGGCUCCACCUACUCCAUCAACGGGCUCCUGGGGAUCGCUCAGCCAGGCAGCGACAGCAAGAGGAAAAUGGAUGACAGUGACCAGGACAGCUGCCGGCUGAGCAUCGACUCCCAGAGCAGCAGCAGCGGGCCCCGAAAGCACCUGCGCACGGACGCCUUCAGCCAGCACCACCUGGAGCCUCUCGAGUGCCCCUUCGAGCGGCAGCACUACCCAGAGGCCUAUGCCUCCCCCAGCCACACCAAAGGCGAGCAGGUGAGCAGCCAGGGCCUCUACCCGCUGCCCUUGCUCAACAGCGCCGCCCUGGAUGAUGGCAAGGCCACUCUGACCCCUUCCAACACACCCUUGGGGCGCAACCUCUCAACUCACCAGACCUACCCGGUGGUGGCAGAUCCUCAUUCACCCUUCGCCAUAAAGCAGGAAACCCCCGAGGUGUCCAGUUCUAGCUCCACCCCUUCCUCUUUAUCUAGCUCCGCCUUUUUGGAUCUGCAGCAAGUCGGCUCCGGGGUCCCAGCCGGUGCCUCGGUCCCGCCCUUCAAUGCCUUUCCCCAUGCUGCCUCCGUGUACGGGCAGUUCACGGGCCAGGCCCUCCUCUCAGGGAGAGAGAUGGUGGGACCCACACUGCCCGGAUACCCACCCCACAUCCCCACCAGUGGACAGGGCAGCUAUGCCUCUUCUGCCAUCGCGGGCAUGGUGGCAGGAAGUGAAUACUCUGGCAAUGCCUACAGCCACACCCCGUACUCCUCCUACGGCGAGGCCUGGCGCUUCCCCAACUCCAGCUUGCUGAGUUCCCCGUAUUAUUACAGUUCCACAUCAAGGCCAAGUGCGCCACCCACCACCGCCACGGCCUUUGACCAUCUGUAGUUGCUAUGGGGACAGUGGGAGCAACUGAGCACCAGGAGGACUUGGCCUGGGACAGGCCUCAGAGAGUCACACAAAGGAAACUUUAUUUAUUACACGAAAAAUAACCGCAAGUCCAGCACGGCGGCGCACUCCCUGUGUGGUUGUUUUAAUGAACCAUGAAAGACAGGAUGACUUUGGAGAAGGCCACACUGUCCUCUAAGACUCCAUAAGAAGGGGCAGGGGUCCCAGGGAAAGUAAGAACUGUUCCGUUCCAAAAGAGACACUAUUGGAGGAGAAAUGUGGAGAGAAGAAGGAACAGUUGAGGAGCUUGAGGUGGACGGCGCAGGGGCCCACGAUGGGCUUAGGGUUCCACAGGGGCCCCCUGGCUCCUCCAUCAACAGGCUCUCGGAGGCGGGGCCCACACCCCGCAGCCAGGCGCAGCCAGGCUCCCGUCACGGCCCCUCGGAGAGCUGCCUCCCGCCUGCCCCACAGCUGAGGCUCCAGCUGUCCACCUUCUCCGCUCAGCUUGCUUGGCAUUUCCGCACCUCCCUCCUGGCCGGGGCUGAGGGCUGGGUCAAAGCUGGAAGCUCCUCCUGAUGGUCACCGGGACCUUCCUGUCGCCUGCUGCUGAGAACCUGUGAGCACGCCCCAGUUCUCCAGUGGAUCACCCCCUCGCAGCCAGAUCAGCCCACUCCAGCUGGAGACAACCAUUCCCAAAGGCACCCCACCCCCAACCCUGGCUCCUGGGGAGUCACCUGCAGCCCUGGGGUAGAGCGAGGCCCAACUGCUGGGGACCCGCUUCCCUCUCCCGACAGCCCCUGCCCCGCCAGGUGCGCCCCCUGCAGCCGCAGCCCACAGCAACUCAAGAGUCCCCCUGGCGACCCCCCCAAGCCAGCAUGGAGGUGCCCUCUCCGCCCCCCCACCACCGCAGCCCUUGCCCCCGCCAAAGCCUGACUGUAAAUACUAUAAAUGAAGCUCUGUUUGGGUCAAGCUUCCCUCUUUCCACCCCCAGACUUCGGCCUCUCAGUGAAUUGUCUCCCUGCCAUGUUGGGCUUCUCUCCUUGAUGCUUCUUUUCUUUUUCCUUUUUUUUUUUUUUUAAAGACAACCCAUCAUUACCACAUAACUCAAUAAACCAUUACUCUUCGU